UAAUCGUUUUCUGUCUAUGUUCAGUCACAACGAACUUGUUAUCGAAGUGCUGUCGUCUCUGAAUAAUUUGUUUUGAUUUUACUUUAUUUAAAUUUGGUUGAAUUUCAUUUUUGUCACGAUGCCUGCAGAUCAAAUCCAGUACUCAGAGAAGUAUUUUGAUGACAAAUUCGAAUACAGGCAUGUUAUUCUGCCUUCCGAUUUGGCCAAGCAUGUGCCCAAGGCGCAUCUGAUGACUGAAACGGAGUGGCGCAAUCUUGGCGUACAGCAGAGUCCCGGCUGGGUCCAUUACAUGAUGCACGCACCAGAGCCCCAUGUGAUUCUGUUCCGCCGCAAACGCGUCGGGGAAGAAAACGCGCCGCAGGUGUCGUCUCAACAAGCGGCAGCCUGUGUAUAAAGCCAUACAUAACAGCACGCACCAACUCACACAAGUAUUCCAUAAGACAAAUUUAUCAGAACAUCCUGAUGUAAAAUACGUAUAACCCAUUAGCUUUAAGAGUAUUGCAGCUGAUCAAGUUCAACCCUCGAAAAUUUUUGUUUAACGUGUUGAAACGUUUCUGUUAAUUUCAUUUAAGUUUAUUUACCUAAAAUACAAAUCAAAUGUACGCCAUGUGUACGAACAGUUUAAAA